AUGUUUGAAAUUCCACGUGUUCAAUAUAUUUCCUCUUCAUUCCAGUGAUUUUUGCGGAACAGCUUAUUUUCAUUUUAACCCUUCCUACUGCGACCAUGCGCGGAUGAUCUGCGCCGUUCACUGAAUGACCGCACUUCGGCGCGCCAACACUUUCAAAGCUGACGUUCACCGGUUUGUUUGGGAGGACAGUUGAAGAUUUCAAACAACACCCUUGAUGUUAAAACCGAAUUGACGUCUUGGUCUAAUCCAGAGAGUGGUGAAAAGACAACGGAGCUUGGGCCGCGCUUUAUUCAUAUUAACAAACUGAGGACGAUGAUGAGAUACUUAACCUGGACAGCAAAAUCCGGUUUAAUUGAGUACAAGGAGGCAUGAAGAACCAGGCUUGAGGAACUCUCAUCCAGAACCUUCCGUAGAGGAGGAAGAGGAGGCAGCGGAUGGAGGAAGAGAGAGCCAGGAUGCUGGAAGACGAAGGAGAGGACGAGGGCGGGAUUGGUGUGGAGAUGGAGGUCGGCGGCCCGGUCGACCUCAGAACGGCAGUGGCGAGGCUGACGCUGGAGCUCCAGGAGGCCAACGAGGAGAAGCUGCAGGCGGCUCGCUACGGCCUGGCCGUCUUGGAGGAGAGCGCCGCCGUCAAGAGCCGCAACAGCCAGCUGGAGGAGGAGCAGGAGGCCCUCAAGCAGGAGUUGCAGCAGCUGCGGGAGGCCCUGGCGGACUCAGUGAGCAGUCAUAAGCGAGCGGCGGCAGACGGCGAGAGCCGAGAAGAAUCUUUGCUUCAGGAGACAGCCAGCAAGGAGGCUGCCAUGGCGACGCGCAUGGAGGAGCUGCAGGUGGAGCUUCGGCAGGCCCGCAUCACGUUGGCCAAUGCGCUCUCAGAGAGCGAAAGGCUGGGCGGGCUCUCAGCACAGCUCAAAAAGGAAUGUGAGUGUUUGGAGGCGGAGAAGGGUCACAUGCGUGAUGAGAUGAAGGAGUUUAAGGUGCGCGAGCUUCAGCAGCUGCAGGAUAACAGCGAGCUGGAGGAGGAGAACAUCUCACUGCAGAAACAAGUCUCUGUUCUAAAGGAGAACCAGGUUGAGUUUGAGGCCCUGAAGCUGGAGCUCUCUCAUAAGGAGGAGGAGCAGGAGGAGCUGCGCGCUCAGCUGGAGGAGGCCGGCCGGCUGCGGGCCAUCGCGGAGCGUCAGCUGGACGAGGCGCUGGAGGCCCUGAAGGAGGAGCGCGAGCAGAAGAACUGCCUCCGACGCGAGCUCUCCGCCCUGGCCCUCAACCCCUUCGACUCCCUCGGACCCCUGGAGCUCCACCUCGGCCAGCUCGACGACAGCCACGACAGCACCGGGGGGAAGAGAGAGGAGGACGGGGAGAAGGCUGACGAGGAGGACCAGGACAGCGGGUUUAAUAACGGGCCGGGCUCCGGGUCCAAGGGGACCAGCGGCAGCGGGAAGGCCCAGCUGAGGAGCUCGACACCCAGGAGCAGCGACGCCUUCCUCAGGCCCCCGGCUCCAGGCCUGGUGGCCGACCUGCUCAGCGAGUUGCACCUGUCGGACGGCCAGAAGCUCAAACAGCAGCUGCUGCAGGUGGAGCGUGAGAAGGCCAGUCUGGCCAGCACAGUGCAGGACCUCCAGAAGCAGCUGGUUCUGUCCAAAGAGGCCCUGAACGAGCAGCAGGCCAAGAUGGACCAGCUGGCCCAGAGGCUAGAGGCUGCACUCUCUCCCCAGCCGGCGGGGCCCAAACUCGGGCAGGGUCAUCAGGAGAACGGCCUGGGGCAGAACGGCAUGGUGGAGGAUGGCGGUGGGGACUGCGACUACUACGAGCUGGACGCCAAGAGCGCGGAGGUGCUGGAGUGCCGCAUGGCGGCGGCCAGCGAGGAGGUGUCGCGCCUCCGGCAGGAGCUGAAGGCGUCGGAGGCGCGCUCGGCCGCCCUAGAGAGCCGCUGCCGGCAGGAGAAGGAGCGCUGGCGCGGAGAGGCCCAGGAGCUGGCCGACAAGAUCCGCCAGUGCAUCGCCGCCAGCCGGCUGGACCAGGAGCGCAUCGGGCAGCUGGAGCGCGAGAUCGGCGCCACGCGGCGGGUGGCCAGCGACUCGGAGGGACACCUGAGCGCCACGCAGGAGGAGCUGCUGGCCUUCUCCGAGGAGUUGUCCGCGCUCUACCACCACGUGUGCGUCAGCAACAACCUCACGCCCAGCCGCGUCACCCUCGACUACUACCGCGACGGCGGCGGCUGCUGCCGGGCCAGCGGGCGGAGAGGAGAGCAUCAGCACCCGCUCCGCAAGCGCAGGAACGGGGAGGGGUACGGCCGGAGCAGCCUGGGAGACGAGCCCGUCGGAGGAGGAGGCGAGCGGAGUGGAGAGUCAUCCCCUGCCUGCGGGAGCUGCCCGGGGUCUCCCACGCCAGACUUCAGGGACCCCACCAACGUCAGGAACCUGGUGGCCGUCAUCCGCUGCCAGAUCAAACACCUGCAGGUGGCAGUGGACCUGUGCAGGAAGCGGGGCACGUUGCCGUCUGCGUCGGGUUCGGACGCGGACCGGGACACGGAGGCGCUCCUGGAGGAAGUGCUCAAGCUCAAGUCCCUGCUGAGCACCAAGAGAGAGCAGAUUGCCACACUGCGCACCGUCCUCAAGGCCAACAAACAGACGGCGGAGCUGGCCCUGAACAACCUGAAGACGAAGUACGAGACGGAGAAGGCCAUGGUGUCUGAGACCAUGGUGAAGCUCCGCAACGAGCUCAAGGCCCUGAAGGAGGAUGCAGCCACAUUCUCCUCUCUGCGUGUCAUGUUCGCCAGCAGGUGUGACCAGUAUGUGACGCAGCUGGACGAGAUGCAGCGUCAGCUGGCGGCGGCGGAGGACGAGAAGAAGACGCUCAACUCACUGCUGCGCAUGGCCAUCCAGCAGAAGCUGGCGCUGACGCAGCGCCUGGAGGACCUGGAGGCGCCGCUCUCGCCCCUCAGCAACGGCAGCGCUGGAGCGGGCAGCCCGCGGCGGUCCCGCGCCAAGCAGCUGGGCACCAAGUCCGGCCGGGCGCCCCGCAGCCCCCUGCGUUCCAGUCCACGCGCCAGCCCCGUCUUCAUGACCCCGACCGGCCCCCAGGGCAUGGUCAGCCACUUACGGGUCAUUUCCCGGAGCGUGCACGGCAGCCCACGGUGAAAGGUCGUCAUCUGUCCCCACGCCCCUCUCUCCAAUCUGGCUCGUGUGUUGGGGAACGUUCAUGUCGACCUCCAUCUCUCUCUCUCCUCCGCCUGGCUCCUGUGUCUGGGGAACAUGUCAUGUAGACCUCAUCACACCUUCAUGUGAUCCUUCCCCUGCUUGCUCGACCUCUCUGCAUCUCAGACCCAACAGACCUCAGAAGCACUCAUCAGGACCUCUCUGUCAAGCAUUCAUUUCUCUCUCUCUCUCUCUCUCUCUCUCUCUAAAACGAUUUUCGUCUCUUUUUAUCUCUUUCUCUGCUCUUUCAGUUCAUCUUCUUGUCUCCAUCCUCUCCCCGUCUCCUGCUCACUCCUCCACUGCCCUCUGUUCACUCUGAUCUGGGCUGUGCAUGCAUGCUUCUGGGUAAGAGGGGCUGAAAGAAGCAUGCCAUGGCUGAGGUGGGCACCAUUUGCUUGCCCCUCGGGGGUCGAAAAAGAUCCAUUCCAUAUCUUGCCUUCAACCAUCAGAGACCAAGGGCACUGACUUGUACCUGUAAACCACUCUUCAGACCAAAACAUUUUAGGAAUUUCAUUUUAGGAAUUUCGGUCUUGAGCUGAUGGACUGUGUGUUUCUCUUUUUGUGUGUGUGUUUAUUUGUUUGUUUGUUUUCUUUUGUACAGUAUUAGCCUUUUAAUUAUUACCGAAAGGCAAGAUGCCUUGUUUAUUAAAUAGGCAAAAAAUAAAAAAUCUGUAAAAAUAAUAAUGCUAAAUAAGGCAAAUGUGCAGGUUUGGUUGGAGUCUGCUGUAUUCUACACUGUGUUGUUGGCUAGUAGCAUGUGUUGGACCUUUUACUGUGCUACUGGUGUGAAUGGUCUAGAUGGAAAGCAUCACACUGACCGAGUUCUUCUGUGCGAAGGUCACAUACACAAGCACAUACCAAGAGGCUAAAGUCCUGCUGGGUUUGGUGGAUCACUGAAAAUCAACCACAACAACAAAAAAACAAAUGGAAAACUCUUUAUUUUGGUGUUUUUUCCUUUAAACGAUUAUGUGACCAUUCAAAUGCCCAUCUUUCUCUUUAAUUUGUCUGGACUGCUGUGACCCAUUGAUUGGCCCUCAGCUCCAGGCGGCACCCCUUCCGCCGGGACUGGGACCUCACCCAUCACCACCGUCUCUGAUAAAUGGGCUCUCCUCAGGUUCUGUGACCAGUGAAGUCAAGCAGAGGAAAUACAGAAGAUUCAACCACGACUCCACUUCCAGCUAUGCACAGUCCCACGACCGCCUAGAACCCAAGUGACCCCGGCACAACCAAAAACAAAGAAAUGACCUAUGUACUGUUAGACGUCCUUUCAUGAUUCCUUACUCUUGAGGUGUGCGUGUAUGAGUGCCUGCAUGCGUUAAUUUACUUGUAUUAUGUAUUGUGUGCUGUGUGAGUGAGUGGAGGAGAGAGUGGUCACCUCUUAACCCCUCCUGCCUGUCAGGGUUUUUUUUUUGUGGGUUACAGUAGGCUAUAGGAUCAUGGUUUGGCUUUACUGUGAGAGCCUUUUUCUACGCUUUGCUAGUGAUUUUCAGCAAAGCCAUUUUUAUUUUUCACACCGAAGUUACAAAAACGUUUCAUUGGAAUGUUCAUUUUUAGGGUGGAAAAUGAAUCAUGCAACAGAAAUAGGUUAUGAGAAUAGUGCCUUCAUUUUGAUUAUUUACAGUCUCAAUUUGUUUUGUUUUUCUCCUUAGUGUAUUGCAGUAUUUCUAUAAGGUGGAAAUGUUUUAGUACACUUUUUUUAACAACAAAAAAACGAUCAUGGGAAAUGGCAGGAAUUAUUUGUGCUUGGUCAUGUGGACGCUGUUGGCCCCUGACCGGAAACUUAGGAAAGUGCUGAAUUUGUCGCCUCAAUCAUGUGUCCGUGGCAUAAAGAUUAUCAGAUUUAAUCCCAUCUGUGACCUGUUGACGUUUGUUUGAAGCCCGUGCUGUUAGCCAAGCACAAAGCACAAAUAGGUGUACACGCCAGGUGCUCACUUUCUUCUCAGAGAGUUUGGGAAUUUGGCAUCUUCACACGCUCCAAAACAGUUAACUCUUGAGCGUAUCCGUAAGGUCAUAGGUGGAAAUGACCGUUGAUUCAGUCAGGCAAUGUUGUCAUUGUAUGGGUGAUCGGUUUUAUGUUGCUGCUUGUUGUAAAUCACGGUGUACUAAAUGAAUUUGGUAGGCUGUUAACCUCGACCUUUACCUGUGUUAUUUGUGUCUGUGUGAAAUGUGUGACGCUUGUCUCAAACGUCCUCUUGCUGUUGGAACGUUUUUACCCUCCGACUCGCUUUCGUACACUUUAUUAUGGUGGAACUCUGAAAAAAUGGCUCAAAAUAUUGCGGAUUUUGUGCUCCCAGGAUUUGAUUUGUGAGCUAAAUAUCUAGUGUCUUGGGAAAAAAAUAAAGUUACAUAAUGUCUAUA